CAUAUUUGUUCAUAUUUUGGGGUUUAGGUGUUUUUUUUAGGUUAUUUUUUUUUCGUUUUACACGUCUCUGAUUUUGACUUAAAGGAAUGGUUAGGAGGAAGAGAAACAAAGCAAUUAAAUAAAUUAUUUAAUUCACCAAGCAAAUUAUUUUUGAUGCUAUUCACGGUUGACAGGUACUAAGCGUCUCGUGACUGAUUAUAGGGUAGUUAGUUUCCAGCUACGUUCCUGGAAGGUCCUGUAUAUACUUUUAGUUUACAUUUGUUUUUAUCUAAUUGUUCUAAUUAGGUCAAUUAAGUGCGUAAUUGCCAGUGGAAACUGAGUAGUUGCCUUACUGUACAUAUCCACGUAUUUCUUUGAAAAUAUUGCAUUUAAUGUUUGUUUUAAUGUAAAUGCCAAUUUAUGUAAUUAGGCCAAUUUAGCAAUAAAUAAGAUGAUUCAAAACUCAGUGUAGACCUCGUCCUCGAGGAAGCUUUUGUGUUAGGGGGAGGGUUCUUAGCGAAGAUGUGCAUGAUUGCUGAUGGUAUAAAAUAUACAGCAGUGUGAACUACGUGGCUGUCUUGGGUCCCUGAAGGCUGUGGAUGAUCAUUUUUGUGUUGUGUGGCUGUUACAGCCUUGUUCGUGUUGCUUGCUGGGCUACACAUGUGAUGGCAUAGCAUUUAUGAUUUUUCAUAUUUCUUAAAUAUUAUAGGAGAAUUCGAAAGAUAGACAGUAAUUUUGAAAUGUUUUCUUUGGUAGGAACCUGAAAUGUGGAGUAAUGAGCAGUAUGUUAACUGCUUAGUUGUUGCUUAGAUGUGUCUUGAUUACAGGCAAGAACUUUUUGGUACUAUCUAGACCGGGCAUGGUUCUUUUUACUUAUAGAUUAUCUAAUUAUUUAGGCUUAAACAUAUUGUCUGAGGCACUACACUGUUUUUGACCCUGUAAAUAAGAAUGUACUAAUUAAAUUCCAUUUAAUCUCCUACUCAGAUCUAGCAAUUCUGAGCCACCAAAUCAGUUAUUUAGAUUUGAUCCUUAAUGUGGUUAUUAAUUUGUACAUUUGUUUGCACAGUGUAAAUUAAUCGAUUUUUGGUAACAUACACAGUGAUAACACAUACAUACUGUUUUAUCAUUGUUAGCAGAUGUAGUAUCCAAGUCUUUAAACUUGGGAGUUGGUAAGUGGUUAAACGUCCAUAUUAGAAUAUGGAAAACAGAACAGAGAGAUGACAAUGUGAAAUAAACAGCAAUGUGGUGUAGUGGAGUGUCAUCAGGGCCGGAGCCUGGCCUGUGCAUUUUUUAACACAUUACAGAAGAGUGUUUCAGUGUUUCAGUCCAUUCUUGCAGGAUUGAGUUGUGUCCUGUUUCUUCAUGUGAGAGGAAUUACACCUGGCUGCUGAUGUGAGGUCAGCGCUGGACGUCCUGUGUGGUAGAUGGGGCUGGGAAGGGAACUGGUCAUGACGAUAAGUGUGGUAUUAAUGCUUCCCUUUAGAUCAGCUAGUGAACGUCUGAUGGCUUAUGACCUAAAUAAAAGACAUUAUAUAUGUAUGCACAUUGUAUAUUUACUGUGUAUACAUUACAAUAUAUAUACACUUACACAAUAUGUAAUAUAUACACAUGCACAAACACACACACACUAUAUAUAUGCAUAUAUGUGGAACUGGAUCACUGAGUAAUGCUCAGCAUGAAUAAAGCAUUGGAUUGUUAAUCAUUAUUCAUUGUGUCCGAUAGCUGGAGCGCAGAUAGAUGAGCUAAUUGAUGGUAUGGGAUCACUGCUAGCAUUGAAGCUGCAGAUUAUCACUUCUAAUAGGGCCCCUCCAAAAAGAAAAACAACAACUAUAAACUCCUCCCAGCAGCGGUUCCUGAAUCUGGGUGAGACUAAUUCUUCCCCAUUUCAAUCUUUGCUGCCUUCACUCUGAAUGUUGCCUGGUGCUUCAGGCCCUUAAAUCCACCUCCAGGAUCUUCCACCUGUCACAAUAUAUUUUAUUAAAAGUACUUUUCAAGCCUGAAUUGUAUGCAGUAAGCUUGUCCUGGGCAUAUUUUCCUGCUGCCUGCACAGUAUAUUGUCACGGCGGUCUCCCAGUGCACAGGUCUGUCUACCUUUUCUGCUCACAGAUCAUUGCAGAGGCACUGGCAUGCCCCUGUCUUUCCAAUCAUUUACCGAAUGCUGACUGUCUUGACGAAGAUAUUUUCACUUCUGGCAUUUUCUGUCCCUUCAUACUUUCCAUAAUUCCACAGUUCAUCAUCCUUGUCCAUUAGUCCAACGUUGCUUGUCAUUAAUAUUAUCAUUUUAACAGCAACCUUUCACUUUAAAAUGAGUUGUGUUUUGUUGCUUAACGAUGCUUUCAUUCAAAUGUAUCUUUUCUGCCUUGUUUCUAUAGCUAAAUUAACUGAGGCAAAAGGUAUAUUGAACAAUGUGAAAGACCGAUAUGAAGCUGUUGAUAGGGGUAAUCACACACAGUAUUAGGGCGAGAGCACUGCCUACUUAUCUUACAAAUGUUCUUCUUGGGAGUUUAAUGUAUAGGAGAGAGUAAUUUGGACUUUAAGAUGUGUGGGUGAAUCCUUGGACGUCCAGUGUUUUAAAUUAAGUUUUGGUAUUCAGGUAUCCUGGUGUAGGGAAUAGGCAUUAGGUAGUAGUGCUGGCUUGAAAGGUUAAGGGUGUUUGAUUUUAUGGUAAAUCUUCUGGGCAGACGUGCAUACAGGCUUAGUCAGGCUUUGUACUUCAGCAUCUCCGUUUUCCCAUCUUUAAGUCAUGAAACAAUGGGCUGCAAUUUGCAAUAUGCAAUCAAGUCAUGCUGUCAAACAGAGUGUGAAAUUUCUGUGCCAUAUGUAAGGGUCUUUCUUUGAGUUCCUAGACUGUUGGAAUAGUACCAGGUCAUUAAUGAGCCACUUAUCAAAGUAUCUCAGGGAAAAGGGAGAAUCAGUAUGGAACAGCAGUAGCUGCUGGGGAGUGUAUGUGCAGGGGAGCCAGGUGACCGAAUGCUCGAUCACGUUGGCAGAGUGAUGUCACCAUUGGGCCCUUCAGUCAGACCCCAACCCCCCAGUUGCUCCAGGCACUGGAAGGCCCUGCUUUUGCAUUAGGUGUAUUUUUACGAGUAUGUGUUGCUUUUGUCUUUUGCAGUAACUGGGACCCUAACCUGCUUUUGACUGACCUGCAUGUUCUCACGAAUCCCUCCCCCCACUACUGAACGGCUACAUUUCUUUAAUUUUACCCAUUGUUCUGAAAUGUUCCGCACCUGUCACUGGUCAGACCUCAGCCCCGUCUCACUUCUCUUUAUGUGCAGUUUGAAAAUGGGAAGUUAACUCCUCCACCCAGCUGCCCAUGUCAGGCGGUUUGCUGGUAUCUUACUGUCCACCUCGGGCUUUUAGUUUCAAAAAUUGCAAACAGCAGCUGUACUGAGAGUGCUGGUGCAGAGACCAAGCUGCAUAUUACGGCUGAUGUCUUCUAUCGAAUUUUACCAAGAUGUCAUGCCAUCAUGUAUUCUGCCAAAUGCAGGUCCCGUCUGUGUGUCCGCUCCGGGGCUUCAGGAGCGUCAGUGUCCUGGACCGUCUGCUCCUCACUCACCCUGUUUGGCUACAGCUGUCCCUCAACCACGACGCCACCUUGCAGAUCCUGCAGAGAGAGCCCCCUGGGGCAUUUCUGGUGUGCAAGUCCCUGCUGUCCCACAAAGUGCUGUGCGUGCGUCUGACAGAUGACAGUGCUCCGUCUGUCGUCAGGCAGUACAUCAUCCGCGAGGAGGACUCCACUUUCUCCCUGGAGGGCUCCGCCAUCAGCUUCCCCGACCUGUGCCGCCUCGUGGCUUUUUACUGCAUCAGCCGGGACGUGUUACCCUUCCCCCUGGAGCUCCCAGAAGCCAUUGCCAAGGCCUCAUCCCACGGACAGCUGGAGUCCAUCUCACACAUGGGGAUAGAGUUCUGGAGUUCCCACUUGAAUAAUGGGCAGCCCUCAACAGACCAGCUGGCUGAUGGCUCCGCACCACAAGACAGACCGGGCCCAUCCCUGGAGAUGUGCAUGCAGCGUACCCGGGGCUGCCAGGGGGCACUGUGCUUCAUCAACCCCCUUUUCCUGCAGGAGCCUCCCAGCCGUGGUGCCCUGCACAAGCGCCACCGCUUCAAGCGCAGCCUGCGGGUCCGCGUUUCCACAGAGACUUCCUGCAGUUUGUCUCCAACCUCCACCUCACCCCCGGUGGGUCUGCCACCCUCUGGUGGCCCAGAGGACCAAGACUGCAUGAGGAAAAGGGCCACAACAGCAGCACCCCCUCUGAGGAGAACCCCCGCGCUCUCACCAACCUCCGAAGAGGAUGAUUACCAGAUACCACAUACUGCGGGUGCUGAGCCCCCCGUCCCUGGGGAGGAGGCUAUGGUAGAUGCCGGGCUGGCCUUGGAGCGCCAGCGGGCGCCCUCCCUCUCUGAGCUGGACAGCAGCAGCUCCUUCAGUAGCCUGGAAGAGGCGGAGGAGCGGCCGGUGGCGCCCGCCCUCUGCAGGGCCAGCGCUGCCUUUGUGUCGCUUUUCGCCCCUGAGAAACGCGUGGCCCAGCUGGUGGAGGAGCUAUCCCGGGACCGGCGCUCAGCCUUCGGCUCACUGGUGCAGGACUUCCUGCGGCGCCACCAGGAGGAGCUCAAGCCCUCUGCUGUGCUGCUGCCGGCCAGGGAGCUGCUGCAAGGCCUGCGUCUCUUCCUGUCCCAGGCCAAGGGCUUCCUGCUGGACUGCGGGGAGCUGGAGCCCCCUAUUGAGACCCUGGUGCCCGAGAACGAGAAAGACUUGGCCCUGGAGAAGGCCAUGUUUGGCUGUGUUCUGAAGCCCCUGAAGGCCCAGCUGGACCAGGCUCUGCUAGCUCUACACACCCAGGACGGCUCCACCCAGAGGAUGGUGGAGAGUCUGCGUGCCAGCCAGGAGGGCCUGCCGGAACACUUUGGGGUGCGGGUGGGCAUACUGGACUCCCACGGAGUGGAGAGGGCACGUCAGAAGUUGCUGCUCAUGCAGCGGGCAUAUUCCCCAAUAGACAAGGUUCUGCUGCUGCUGCAAGUAUGCAAGAGUGUCUAUAAGGCCAUGGGCAAUUCAGACCAGGGAUUUGGGGCUGAGGACUUCCUCCCAGCCCUGUCUUAUGUUAUCGUGCAGUGCAACAUGCCAGAGCUCCACAUAGAGGUGGAGUACAUGAUGGAGCUGCUGGAGCCCACUUGGCUCACAGGGGAGGGAGGGUACUAUUUGACAAGUGUCUAUGCCAGCCUGUGCCUUAUCCAGAGUCAGGCAGGGGGCAAUGCUGUAGGCAAACUGACCAGUGAGGCUCAGGAAUCUCUCAGAGAGUGGAGUCAACGCCGAAAUCAGGAGGCCCAGAAUCAGAGGGAAGCCCAGCAGAACCAGAGGUUCGUGCGCGUGCUCUUCCAGGACGGCGAGCACAGCGCCGUGCGGACACUACUGUGGAAGGCGGGUGAAGGCGGCGACGCCCUUGCCCAACUCUGCGCCACCAAGUUCGCUGUGGCUGAGCCUGAGCACUACACCCUCUGCUGGCGACAUGGCGGAGAGACGCAGCCAGUGCAGCCCCAUGUCCAGCUGCAGGACCUGCCCCUCACCAGCGGGGGCACCCCCACGUUCCUGUUCCUGCGCUCUGACCAGGACUUUAGCAAGAUGAGGAAACUGACCAGAGGGGGUGCUGUGGACCUGGGGGAGUCUGUGUGUGAGGAGUAGAGGAGUGGGUGGGCGGGGCUUUCACUUUGCACGUUUUCCUUUGUGACAGCAGCAGGUCGGCCUUUCUCAUUUUUUUUGCGCUACCUUUGUAUCUGUCUGCUGAUUUUUUUGGCUAAUUUUGAGGGGGUGGAGGAGGGGUAGACCUGAAGAAAAGUCUUAUCAUGGGUUGAAGGUGCUUUCACCAUAUCAGAUAUUUAUCACAGACACCAAGCACACCAUGUAACUUUAUAAAAGCAGACCUUGAGGAAGCCAUAUUGUUCCAGUAGACGUCAGUGGCGAGAGUCUCACGGUACCAAAGCUGCACACAUGCUCCAUUGUAAUUAUCACAGGAGUAACACCGUCGCCUGGGCAUGGCCGUCAUCUUCCCACUACAUGAAUCAUUUGAAGGAGACAACAGGCGCCUUGAUACCAGUGCAUUUGUGCUGGUUAAAGACCUGCACAUUAUUAAUGGGGAAUCUGCCAUCAAGCUCACAAGCACGCCAAUCAAGAUGUAUGCUGCAAAAAACGUAAUAAGGCUAUUAUUUUCAUAAAUGUAUUCCUAUUGAGAGUGUUAAAAUGUGUAACUUUUUUUAAAUAUGCUGAAGACAAAGACUGGAGUUGUGACCUGCUUACAAGAAAACAAACAUUUAUCUGUCUGUAUUACAGAAGGAGUCGGUUCCUCUACUUUGGCACAGUUUGACUAAACUAAAGAUCCAGUUCCUUUCCAUUGUAACCCCUGCUGCUGUCCACUAGGGAAGCAGGGGUCAGUGACCACUGUACGUUUUGGUUGAAAAAAAGAGCAAGACGACACACAUUUGUUACUACCAUGUAUUUAAGUCCUACAACAAAUACUUUAAGACUGUUUUAUUAUACAGUAGACCUUUAAGAAGUAACACCGAUUUCCAAGAACUUGGGGGGGAAAAACUCGGGGUUGUCUGUUUUUUUUUUUGAAGGGCAACUUUGAUUGUUUGAAACCAAAAAUGUUUAAAAACCUGUCUGACUCCUAAUGAAUUAAAUUUAUAGUUUUAAAACGAUUGUCACCCAGCAGAAAUAGCUAAAUGCCUUGACAUGAAAUUUUACUAAUUUUCCUUCAUACUGGAGCACUUUAAACGUGUAUCAAAUAUCCUCCAUUGCAUUCAAAAUUUUUGUAUCCAAAUGAUAAAUCUAAUAUUAUAAGUUUAAAUACAUUUUGUUUAUUGGUGUAAUUGAGCAUGCAUGCAGUGUGUUUUUUGUGUUUUGCAGCGGUGAUGUGAAAUGCAUGUGUUGUACACUUAGCAAAGUCCUUCCAGAGCAAACUGUCCUCCUUUGAUCUGCUGUUGCUGCAUUGUAUUAUGCUACUAAAAAAAACUGCAAUAAAAUUGAAUUAUCUCAAAAUGGAA